AUGCCCGACUCCCACACGCUCAUCAUUGGCGGCGGCAAGUCGGCCUGGGACGUCGCAUACACUUGCGCCACCCAGCCAUCCUCGACCGCCACAAUGCUCAUCCAGCCCUCCGGCAACGGCCCCGCAUGGACGUCGCCUGCACACGUCACACCUCUCCGGUUGUGGUUUGAGAAGCUGGUGUCGACACGCUUCUUUGGAUUCCUGGCCCCUUGCCCACGGGCGGAGGGCUCAGGGUUUGAAGGGGUUGACAAGACGCUUCUUGCAUCGGACACGGCUCCGGAGGGUGGUCGUUGA